CGCAACCGAAAUUUGAAUUUGUUUGAAGUUCAAAAUAUUUAACGAAUUUUCUCAAGCGCAGGAAACAAAAUUGCUGCAAAUUGUUACUUCAUUGACGAUUUAUUAAUGAUUUUGUGAUAAAAACAAUAUAUGUUAGUGAAAAUUGUUAUUAGGUCGUUUAUUUUAUCAAGAUGUCGACCGAAAAAGGAUGCCGAAAGGAAAAAAAUCAAAACAUUCAAGUGUUUGUGAGACUAAGGCCUCUGAAUCAGAGGGAGCGUGACAUCAAGUCCCUGGGGGUGGUUGAGGUGCAAAAUGGGCGCGAGGUGGUGGUACGCCAGUCGCAGCAGAACAUGCACACCAAGCGGUUCACCUUCGACCGUGCUUUCCCACCGCUUGCCACCCAGGUGGAGGUGUACCAAGAGGUGGUGAGUCCGCUCAUAGAGGAAGUCCUCGCAGGGUACAACUGUACUGUGUUUGCGUACGGACAGACUGGUACUGGCAAGACUCACACUAUGGUUGGCGAGGCAGUUUCUGAUGAGUUGACUUGGCAGACAGAUCCCCUAGCUGGUAUAAUCCCACGUGCGCUGAGCCAACUGUUUGACGAGCUGCGUAUUUCCAACACUGAGUACACUGUCCGGGUAUCAUACCUGGAGUUAUACAAUGAGGAGCUAUUCGACCUGCUCUCAACCACAGAGGACAACUCCAAGCUGAGGAUAUAUGAAGACGUCACUCGCAAGGGUGCCAACAUUGUUAAUGGAUUGGAGGAAAUCACUGUAUACAAUAAGAAUGAAGUGUUCAAAAUAAUGGCCCAAGGACAGGAGAGGAAACGUGUUGCGUCUACUCUCAUGAAUGCUCAAUCCAGCCGCUCGCACACCGUGUUCACCAUAGUGGUGCACAUGAAGGAGAACAGCCCCGAGGGUGAGGAGCUGGUGAAGAUCGGCAAGCUGAACCUGGUGGACCUGGCCGGCUCGGAGAACAUCAGCAAGGCGGGCUCGGACAAGCGCGAGCGCGCGCGCGAGUGCGUCAACAUCAACCAGUCGCUGCUGACGCUGGGCAGGGUCAUCACGGCGCUGGUGGAGCGCCAUCCGCACAUACCCUACAGGGAGUCCAAACUGACCCGUAUCCUCCAAGAGUCUCUGGGCGGACGCACCAAGACCUCCAUCAUAGCGACCGUCUCCCCUGGACACAAGGACUUGGAAGAGACCAUGAGCACCUUGGAGUAUGCCAAUCGAGCCAAGAACAUACAGAACAAGCCAGAAGUCAACCAGAAGAUGACUAAGAAGGCCAUCCUCAAAGAGUAUUCAGAGGAGAUUGACAGGCUGAAGAGAGAUUUGUAUGCUGCCAGGGAAAAGAAUGGUGUAUACUUAGCAAAUGAGACCUAUGUUGAGAUAACUCAAAAGCAAGAGGAAUACAAGAAGGAGAUUCAAGAGCUGCUUCUCAAGAAGAGAGCUAUGGAGGAGGACCGGGACCGCAUGGAGGGAGUGUUCAGAGAGCUCAACGGGCAGCUGAAGGAGCAUAGAAGCCAACUCGACAAAACCACUGACGAGCUAAGUGCUACUAAGACUGCACUAGAGAACACUACCAACAUAUUGAACACCACGAAGUUGCACUUUGAAGAGCAGAAGCACCUGGUGAGCAAGCAGGCGGCGACGGAGAGCGCGCUGUCGGCGCAGGCCCGGGCUCUGCUGGCGGCCGCCGACGCCGCCGCCGGCGACGCGACCAAGCUGCAGGACUCCGUCGACAAACGCAAAUGCGUGGAGUCGACGAACUUAGAAGUGACACGAACGUACCGCGAGGAGUCGUCACAGCGUCGCGGCGAGGUGGUCACCGUGGCUGACCACUUCGUCGCUUCCUUCACCAGGAGCUUGGGCGAGCUUCAGGCUGCGCUGGAAUCAUACUCAGCAGACAAUAUGAAGAGUAAUAACGAAAACAAACAGAAGUUAGACAAUCUUGUGCAGCACUCAAUGGAUACUCUGAAUAAGAUAUCAUCAUUAAAGAGCACAAUGCAAGAAGAGACGAGCAAAACGACGGAGCACAACUUUGGUCAGUUCCAAAGCACCAUGUGUAAGACGACGGAGAACUUGGAGAAUGUUCUGCAGAAGUUCUCCACUUACAUCAUUGAGUGUCUCCAGAAGGCCGGCAAAGUCGACUUGACCGCUGACGUCACUGGCUUCCUGCAACAGUGGCAACAAAACGCUUCAACAAACGUGACGUCACUGCACAACACGCACGCGGCGUUCGGCGCGAGCGUGCGGACCGCGGCGUGCGCACUGCUCGAGGCGGCGCGCCGACAGCAGCACGACAGGCACACGACGUGCCGGCGACUGGAACACGACAUGCAACGCGAGAUCACGCGUGUCAAAGAAGAAGCAGAAAACCACAAGCAAUACCUCAACAAAGAAAUAUUAGAAAUAGAUCAGGAAAAAGAACAUUUCGAAGCUGAAUUUAAAAAAUGGGCAGAAGAAGAGAGGAGAAAUCUUGAAGAGCGCAUACAAAAACGAUGGACAACAGAAAAGAGUUUUCUAGAAGACAGGGUUAAUAGGAAAUUAACUGUAAUAGAAGAACAGAAGAUGCAGUGCGAGAAGAGAAUAUUGAAGCAAACUGAAUGGUUGAAUGAGAAGCUAUGUGUUUAUCAACAAGAGAUGGAGAAGGCCAAAGAAGAUUUCAAAGAAUUUGAGAGCGAAUUGAAUAGUUGUUUGAACAUUUUUGUGGAAAAAUCAAAACUAGAGUAUGCCGCAGUCACUGCCCACGUGGAGUGCUUGAGCGUCGACACCGCCAGUGUCGUGGAAAAAGUGAAGACGAACUUGGUUAUAGAUUUGGAGAAGGCUCAGACUGAAAUUCAGGCACAAUCGUCAUCACUGGCGGCGGAGAGCAGGCAGUCCAUGGGUCGGCUGGCCGGCGAGGCGGACGGCACGCUGCGGGCGGUGGCGCAACUCUACCAGCGCUCCGUGGACGCGCUCGCCGGCACGCUCGGCGACAUCACUACGACGACCAUAGAGGACCUGACCACCGUGUCCAACACCGUAGCGCAGUCCGCCUCGUCGUGCCUCGCCCACGAGAACCAGCAGAAGCUCACGCUGACCACCACUUACCGCGAGAUAGAACAGUUCUACGGCAGACUGCGGGAGCAGGUCGCCCAGCUCGAGGAGUUGGAGACGAGGUGCUUGAACCAGGAGUAUGCGGUUUACAACCCAUCUGGCAACACUCCGGUGCGCACCGAGUACCGCUACCCGCGCGCGCUGGCCGCCACCUCGCCGCACGAGCGCAUACUGGCGCGCUUCAGGGCCAUGCGACAGAACAGCUGCGACGAUGACUGCAUUGUAGUAGAAAAUGGCGAAGACCCCCGCAGUGACACGGAGUCCUCGGCCUCCGAAGACUCGGCAGCCUUCGCAGCGCCCUCCCCCCUCGUCGUAACCCGCAACCACAGGUCCAGCCGCCACAACCACAGCGCCAGCAACCUGCACGCGACGAGUAACCACAACCAGAGCGCCACCAAUAUCAACCAGCCUGCGAAAAACCACAACCACAGCACGCCCAUUGUCAAAUGUACCUCAGAAACUGAUAUAUAUUUAAAACGGCGCCAACAAGACCAGCAAGGCAAAGAGAACACGACAAACUCCAUCAGUCGCCAAGCAUCGUUCAAGAAACCCUCGCAACUGCCCGCGCCCGUCUCGCACAAGAAACCGCUAUAUGAACGGAACGCUGACAACUGAGACAUAUGUCUCUAUGGCUAUGUUGCCCUUCUGGUUCACAGAAUUGUUAUACAGGGUGCUCGGGAGUAUUUUCCAUAACUGCAAGGUGACAAGUCCACCUUUUUUUAUUAAAAGUAGAUAUUUGUUGGCGGUUUAAAUACAACGGUAAAGUUAUUAUCUAUAUAUUCCCCUGCACGACGUGGUAUAUUAUUUUCAAAUACGCGCGAUGAAUAAGUCGUAACGUUUUUAGUAGCUUUUAGUAGAAUUUUGGUAGAUUUUUGGGGGGGUGGGGCUUACGCUCGAAUAUGUUUAUUUACCUGAUUGCUAGGUUGGGUCAAGUGGAUAGGAGCCAAACUGCUCAGCUAUUUUUUUUUUAACAAAAAAGCUUUUUUAUGUUUUUAUACAAAGUAAUUCAAGUACUUCCGACUAUCCAUGUAACACAUGCCUUUAUCUAUCCUUGUAUUUAAAAUACGUGAUCGUAAUGGUAAGACUGUCGACAUCGAAGACAUAUUGCAACUGCCACUCCGCGCUUGACUAGUAAGCUACUUCAUGAUAUUUAUCAAUGAAUAAGUUUGGUUAGAUCAUCAUCAUCACAAUCUACAAAAGAAAUAUUUUUUACUCCGAAUACAAAAUUCAAAAUUCAUUUAUUUCAAGUAGGCUCAGUUUACAAGCACUUUUGAUAUGUCAGUUGACUAUUUGUAAAGAUUCUACCACCGCACCGGUUCGGACAACUGAUUCCUUAGACAUUUUUAAUUAGUUUUCCUUAAAGAAUAUAACCCUAGACUAAUGGGAAAUACUCCCGAGCAUCCUGUAUAUUCACAUAAAUAGAAAGAAGAGCUGAUUUUACCAUCUUCAGUAAAUCUAUAAAGAAAAAAAAACGGAUAGUUGACAAGUGAGGCAUAUGUCUCUAAGGCCUAUAGAAGGCCAACUCGGUUAUUAUAUCUUUUGUAAAUAGAUCUUAAAAUAUAUCCCUAAUACGCAUCCUUAUAAUUAUGACGUAGCCAAGUUGUACGUAUGUUAAAAUGCAAAGAUAGUCAGAAUUAUUUGAAUUACUUUGUAUAAAAACAUAAAAGUUUUUAUUUUUUUUUUGUUAAAAUAAUAUUAGUUAAGCAAUUCGGCUCCUAUAAGUGGACUCGUUAACAUCUUGGAAGUUAUGGGAAAUACUCCCGAGCACCCUGUAUAUUGGUUAAUAUUUCUCCGUUUCUCGGCUCCGAUGUCUCGCUCCGCUUAGGUGGACUGGCAGCCUUAACGUACCGGAGUUUGAACAAUUAAUCAAUUUUGAUAAAACCUACUUACUGUACUGUCUGUAAUUCUGUUUUUACAUUAUAUUUUUUAAAUUAUGAACUUUCUGUAGAAAUGUUUUUACACUAUCUUAUUGCUCUUUUUAAACAACUGUUUGUUUUAAAUAGCAUUUAUUGACACAUUUUUAUAUUAUUAUGUAAUUUAAUAUUUUAGUUUUCGACUAUUAAGAGAUUGUGUUCAAAAGGGUCGCGUAAUGUAAAAAUUAUUAAUCGUGACAUUCGAAAAGUCUUUUUUUUCCAUUCGCAAUUUGUGUAUUUAGCCAUAUUUUUUUAUCAAAUAAUUUGUCUUUUCAGCGAAAGUGGUCAUAAUAGCAAAUAGUCCUUCGCUGGCAGUCAGUGCUUAAUAUUGUCUACAAUGCCGAGUUGUGUGUUUAGGAGUAAAAACUAUAUAAAUAUAUAUACAUAAAUAUAUAAUGCAUAUAAACACAAAAUUUUGCAUGUGUGCGCAUAGCGAAUAGCUGAGCUUGGAACAUUUACGUCUAUUAUUUCAAAAUCAUAGUCAUACGUACAGUAUUACGAAAUAAUCUCACCGAGCUACCAAACCCUUUUGAAACAUUUUUUAUUAUAAGAUAAGAUAUAAUAAAGUAAAAAUUUAAAUGA